GGCUGGGCGGCUCGUCGGGGCUCCGGGGGGGCGGGGGGGCAGCGGUGUGUCGCCAGGCCCCCUCCUCCUCCUCGCUCCUCGGCUUCCAGCGUAGCGGCUCCCGCGGCGCGGUAGGGGGCUGCGCCUGCCUACUCCGCCCCGACCUGUCGGCGAAAGGGUUAUGCCAAAGUGGCUUCAUUCAUACAGAUGAACCAAGGAUUGGGAUAGCAAGUACAAAAUUAGAAUCAAACAGCUGAUUGCCCAGCAGGAUGCCAUCAACUAACAGAGCAGGCAGCCUGAAGGACCCUGAAAUUGCAGAGCUCUUCUUCAAAGAAGAUCCAGAGAAGCUCUUCACAGACCUCAGAGAAAUUGGCCAUGGAAGCUUUGGAGCAGUGUAUUUUGCACGAGAUGUGCGUACCAAUGAAGUGGUGGCUAUCAAAAAAAUGUCUUAUAGUGGAAAGCAGUCUACUGAGAAAUGGCAGGAUAUUAUUAAAGAAGUCAAGUUUCUACAAAGAAUAAAACAUCCCAACAGUAUAGAAUAUAAAGGCUGCUAUUUACGUGAGCACACAGCAUGGCUUGUAAUGGAAUAUUGUUUAGGAUCUGCUUCAGAUUUACUGGAAGUUCACAAAAAGCCAUUACAAGAAGUGGAAAUAGCAGCAAUUACACAUGGUGCUCUCCAGGGAUUAGCCUACUUGCAUUCACAUACUAUGAUCCAUAGAGAUAUCAAAGCAGGAAAUAUUCUUCUGACAGAACCAGGCCAGGUGAAACUUGCUGACUUUGGAUCUGCUUCCAUGGCAUCUCCUGCCAAUUCUUUUGUGGGAACGCCAUAUUGGAUGGCCCCAGAAGUAAUUUUAGCCAUGGAUGAAGGACAGUAUGAUGGCAAAGUAGAUGUAUGGUCUCUUGGAAUAACAUGUAUUGAACUAGCGGAAAGAAAGCCUCCUUUAUUUAAUAUGAAUGCAAUGAGUGCCUUAUAUCACAUAGCCCAAAAUGAAUCCCCUACACUACAGUCUAAUGAAUGGUCUGAUUAUUUUCGCAACUUUGUAGAUUCUUGCCUCCAGAAAAUCCCUCAAGAUCGCCCUACAUCAGAGGAACUUUUAAAGCACAUGUUUGUUCUUCGGGAGCGCCCUGAAACAGUGUUAAUAGAUCUCAUUCAAAGGACAAAGGAUGCAGUAAGAGAGCUGGACAAUCUGCAAUAUAGAAAAAUGAAGAAACUCCUUUUCCAGGAGGCACAUAAUGGACCAGCAGUAGAAGCACAGGAAGAAGAAGAGGAACAAGAUCAUGGUGUUGGACGGACAGGAACAGUGAAUAGUGUUGGAAGUAAUCAGUCUAUUCCCAGUAUGUCCAUUAGUGCCAGUAGCCAAAGCAGUAGUGUUAACAGUCUUCCAGAUGCCUCGGAUGACAAGAGUGAGCUAGACAUGAUGGAGGGAGAUCAUACAGUGAUGUCUAAUAGUUCUGUCAUCCACUUAAAACCUGAGGAAGAAAAUUAUAGAGAAGAGGGAGAUCCUAGAACAAGAGCAUCAGAUCCACAAUCUCCACCCCAAGUAUCUCGUCAUAAAUCACACUAUCGUAAUCGAGAACACUUUGCUACUAUACGGACAGCAUCACUGGUUACAAGGCAAAUGCAAGAACAUGAGCAGGACUCUGAACUUAGAGAACAAAUGUCUGGCUAUAAGAGAAUGAGGCGACAACAUCAAAAGCAGCUGAUGACUCUAGAAAAUAAGCUAAAGGCUGAGAUGGAUGAACAUCGCCUCAGAUUAGAUAAAGAUCUUGAAACUCAACGUAACAAUUUUGCUGCAGAAAUGGAGAAACUUAUCAAGAAACAUCAGGCUGCUAUGGAAAAAGAGGCUAAAGUGAUGGCCAAUGAGGAGAAAAAAUUCCAGCAACAUAUUCAGGCCCAACAGAAGAAAGAACUGAAUAGCUUUUUGGAGUCCCAGAAGAGAGAAUACAAACUUCGAAAAGAACAGCUUAAGGAGGAGCUAAAUGAAAACCAGAGCACUCCAAAAAAAGAAAAACAGGAGUGGCUUUCAAAGCAGAAGGAGAAUAUACAGCAUUUCCAAGCAGAAGAAGAGGCUAAUCUUCUUCGACGUCAGAGACAAUACCUAGAGCUGGAGUGCCGCCGCUUCAAGAGAAGAAUGUUACUUGGACGCCAUAACUUAGAGCAGGACCUUGUCAGGGAGGAGUUAAAUAAAAGGCAGACCCAAAAGGACUUAGAGCAUGCCAUGCUACUGCGACAACAUGAAUCCAUGCAAGAACUGGAGUUUCGUCACCUCAACACAAUUCAGAAGAUGCGCUGUGAGUUGAUCAGAUUACAGCAUCAAACUGAGCUCACUAACCAGCUGGAAUAUAAUAAGCGAAGAGAACGGGAACUAAGGCGAAAGCAUGUCAUGGAGGUUCGACAGCAGCCUAAGAGCCUGAAGUCUAAAGAACUCCAAAUAAAAAAGCAGUUUCAGGACACCUGCAAAAUCCAAACCAGACAGUACAAAGCAUUAAGAAAUCACCUACUGGAGACUACACCAAAGAGUGAGCACAAAGCUGUUCUGAAACGGCUCAAGGAGGAGCAGACCCGGAAGUUAGCCAUCUUGGCUGAGCAGUAUGACCACAGCAUUAAUGAAAUGCUAUCCACACAAGCCCUGCGUUUGGAUGAAGCACAGGAAGCAGAGUGCCAGGUUUUGAAGAUGCAGCUGCAGCAGGAACUGGAACUGUUGAAUGCAUAUCAGAGCAAAAUCAAGAUGCAAGCUGAGGCACAACAUGAUCGAGAGCUUCGGGAGCUUGAACAAAGGGUCUCCCUACGAAGGGCACUCUUAGAACAAAAGAUUGAAGAAGAGAUGUUGGCUUUGCAGAAUGAACGCACAGAACGAAUACGAAGUCUGCUGGAGCGUCAAGCCAGAGAAAUCGAAGCUUUUGACUCUGAAAGUAUGAGACUGGGUUUUAGUAACAUGGUCCUUUCUAAUCUCUCCCCUGAGGCAUUCAGCCACAGCUACCCAGGAGCUUCUGGUUGGUCUCACAACCCUACUGGGGGUCCAGGACCUCACUGGGGUCAUCCCAUGGGUGGCCCACCACAAGCUUGGGGCCAUCCGAUGCAAGGUGGACCCCAGCCAUGGGGUCACCCCUCAGGGCCAAUGCAAGGGGUGCCCCGAGGUAGCAGUAUGGGGGUCCGCAACAGCCCUCAGGCUCUGAGGCGAACAGCUUCUGGGGGACGGACGGAGCAGGGCAUGAGCAGAAGCACGAGUGUCACCUCACAGAUCUCCAAUGGGUCACAUCUGUCUUACACAUAGCUUAAUAGUUGAAAGUGGCAAUUCUGCUGGAGCUGUCUGCCAAAAGAAACUCCCUACAGACAUCGUCACAGCAGCCUCCUCACUUGGGUACUACAGUGUGGAAGCUGAAUGCAUAUGGUAUAUUUUAUUCAUUUUUUUAAAGCGUUCUGUUUUGUGUUUACUAAUUUGGAUGUCAUAGUAUUUGGCUGCCAGGUUUUGGGUUUUGUUUUUAACUUUUGGAGAAAUUUAAAAGGGGGAAUUGAUAUGUAUGUGUGUGUGCACGCAUGCACACAUACACACACACACAUCAUGUGUGUGGUAAAAAGAAAUUGGCUAGAUAGGGGAUAUUUUCUGAACACUGCAGAUAUAUAAUACAACAGAAUGGCUUGAGUCAUCACUUUUGGGCAACUACAUCCUAAGAAGUUUGUGAAAAGAUCUAAAGCCUUUCUCCAUACCCCAAAUUCUUAUGAACCACUCACAGCAGGCAGCAUAUGCUAAAACAAGUUAUCAUAGAAACACACUUGUAUCCCCUCACCAGUACAUUUUCUUUAUUACGUUGGUCUGACUUCUCAGCCUCAUUUGGAGUAAAAAAGUGGAAAGCCAUGAACACUGAAGGGUUGCAUUGACUUUUUCAGAGAGUAGAAAACAACUGAGUUCUUUUUCUGAAUGCUGUGUAGACUUGCCAGUGAUUCCCCCCACCCCCGCCCCCGCCACCCCCAUUCAUUUGUGCCUUCUUUGUGGCAUGGUGAGAUGGAGGUGCUUAAGGAGAUCACAAGUUGUGUGGGAAUUUCAUCCAAUAAACCUGUGAGCCUUCAAAGGGAAAGACCAGAAGGGUAAGAGGUCCCUGAAAGUUCAUAUGAUAGGUGUGUUCAGCAGCAGAGUGAGGAGAUGAAGCCUAUAUAUCCUGAUGUUUUGUUGCUUAUACUGUGAUAUUUCAUCCUAGCUAAGCUCUGUAACUCCCAAAACCCUAAACAGUACUUUUUACUUUGUACAAAAACAAAGACGUAUAGCCAAUACACAUCAAAUGCCUGAGGUAUUUGAAUAAUGCCAUAUUUGCAAACUGCCACCUUUUGGAAUUCUCAUCACACUACAUAGACAUUAAUUUGACUAUCCCCUUUUGGCUUAUGGGAUUUCCUGUUUACAAGUAGAAUAGCCAAUUAUUUAAAGUUUAGUUGCCAUAGUGAACCAGGAGUCACUGAGCCAAUGACUUUACCAGCUGCUGACUAACCCUCACUACCACUGUAGAUUUUGCUGCAUGUGCAGGUCCUCUUUUUUUUUCUUUUUUAAUUACUGUUUUUGUUGCUGCAAUACUUUACAAACUUCUAGUUCCUUGAGACUUGGUGACCAUUUGACAUCAUGUUAAUAACAUCAUACUAUAGGAAACACCACUUCCUGAAGUCUCUAGCGUCUGCUAAAUUACUACUGAAAAGGAACUAACAAGUUUGGCAAAUUAAGAAUAAAAAAGUAAAGUAAGUUAUAGUGGUCAGGGAAUCUCUUGACAAAAGCUAACCUUUUUUUCCAGAGAGGGGCAUGUUUUGUUUGUUUUGUUAUGUUUUGUUUUGUUUUGUUUUUCAAUGAAGGAUCAACCCAGUGCUGAACGUCAGAUGUUACUUGGUAUUCCAUUGCUAGUGUGGAAAUUUAGUUGAAGGUGGAUAGGGAGCUGUAUUACUUGAAGAAAAAAAAAUUUCUUUCCAGUGACAUACCAGAAUUUCUACAAGUUAUUGUCCUGCCCCCUCCCCAGUUGUCUUGAAGAACCCUUGCUGCUAACUAUGGGUCCUUCUUUUCAUAUAGUCAAAGUUUCCAGUCCCUCUCAAUGAUACUUUUUACCUAGGCCAGACUGAUGACCAAAUGUAAUCUUAUCACUUUUGAAAUCUUGGUUUUCUCAAUUAAAUUUAAGUCUUCCCCAGGUAUGUCAGUCCAAUCUCCAAGGAUCAUCCCCUUUAGGAGUUUCUGGAAUUCAUUUAAAGGUAACUGGAAGAAAAAUUAAUAUUUUAAUGUAAAUAUUUUAAAAGCCAGUAUCACAAUAGAAUUCACACAAUUUUAGGCAGUGUUUCAGGUAGCACUCUGAUACAUUAUCCUCUUGGCCAUGCUCGAGAUCACCAACUUUUAGAUGAACAGGACAUGUACUUGUCAUAUCUAGUGAAAGGGGCUUUUAAUUUUCUCCAUAUAUUUUUUGCAUUCAAAUAUUAUAUAAUAUUUCAAACAAAUUGAAAUAUCUACUUAUUUGGAAGAAAAUUAUAGAAGAGAGCUUUAGAAUUAAUAAAAUGCCCAAAAAAUAUAAUGAAUUUGAUAGUUAAAAAAAAAAAUUCUUAUUAACCCCUCUGUACUACUAGAGGGAUAGAAUAGAAAAGCAGAUCCAUUCUGCACACAAAACUCUUUAAAAUCCAAACUACUUCCAGAGACUUAGAAUUAGUCAAAUUGAAUUACUGAGUUUGUGCAGAGCAUAUGUACUAGUAAAAUUGUGAUUGAAUGCUGACUCCAAAGGUCUACCCAGUUGGGCUUUGUAUCUGAUUUAUCUGUGGGGCAACCAGUUUUAACAUGUAGGUCAUGAGUAUACCUGGAUUAUUCCAUUAAAUUAAUUUUAUUUUAAAAAUAUAUAGUUUGCAAAAAUGAUUAAUUAAUUGGUGUGUGUUUAUAAGAACUAACUUCUGAGGAAUCUCAUACAUGGUAGGAAUCAGUAAAGAAUAAAGCUUGUAGCAAGAAACUUUGAAAAGUUUAGAGAUUCUAAAGAAAGAAGCAGGCACUUUCUAAAUCAGUGUGCAAAUGUCAAUAUUUGAUCAAAUUACUACCUCCUCCAAGAGUUGGUGUUCACUCAGUACAUAUGUGUUUAAGAAAAUAAAAAGUAUGAGAAAUUUGUCCAGCAUAUUAGAAAGUUAUUAAUGCUAUAUCUGGUAUCCAGAAUUUGGCAGUAAAAAUUUUCUUAUGUUCACUGUAUCUCCCUUUAGUUAGCGUUUUCAAAAGCAAAACCUCAUAUCUGGAUAAAUAUUAUUUCUAAUUGGAUUCCCUUCCUUUUGCACAUAUUUUUCUCCUCUUAUUAAAGUCAGAUCUAACCCCAAAUUAUAGUUUCUUCAUUAUAUAGUAAUGUUAGCUGGAAAAUGUUUAUAUUAUUUUUAUUCAGAGCUACCCUUUUUUGUAGUCAAUUCUGUCCCUAGGGAUGAAUAGUUCUACAUUUGAUGCCAUGCCUUAGGUAUAAUAUGCUUGGUACUAGAGGCCAAGGAUUUAUAGGGAAAUUAAACUAUUUAGUAUAGUCAUGAUUUUCAACUGCCCAGACAUCAGGUCAACACUAUUUAGUACACUAAAGAAACUGUCCUUGAUCCUCCCUCCCACUCCCACCUAAUUUUCCUCAUCCCCUUUUCAAAAAUCAAAAACUCUAUGAGUGUCUUUUUCAGACCAUAAGACAGACAUUAGUAACUUUCUACUUCUUUAAGUGCUAAAUGUCUGGCAUUUUAAACUUUUAUAAAAUACAUUGUGUUGGACACUGGAAUAAUGCUGUUUAUUUUCACCUGUGAAAAAUGACUUUAUUGUACUUGAAACACCUCCUUUGCAUUUCUCCAUUUGUGCCAUUCACUAGUGGAAAUAAAUUGUAUUAUACCAUGAUCUACUGGCUUUUUAAAACUGUGUUAAAUAUGCACAUUUUUGGUAUAGCUAUUAUCAUUUGUAUGUAUAUAUUGUAUAUACAUAUGAGUGUCUGUGUGUGUGUAGGUAGAUGGAUGUAACUCAUACUGUACAUUUCCAUCAGGGCACUUAAGGUUCUGUUAUUUUGUUUUGUUAUUUCAAAUCCUCAGUUAAGGCAAGAAUGCAUGUGUUUAAGAAUGAGUACUCUGGGGUGAUAUUUAUGAGAAGGUGGUCAUUAGCUGCAGUCUUUUCUCUUUUAAUCCCCUCUUAACAUUUGUGUGAGUGGAAAGAAAGUUAAGUAAAAUGUGGAGCCAUACAUUGCAAAGACAGUAAAAUAGUGCUGGGGAAGGAGCCAUUUAGUGUUUCUAUGAGUUUGUGUCUCGAGGCAGUAAAGAUAAGUGAUGCAGAGAGAAGUGAACCAUGGAAAUUAAAAACGCUGUUGGUGAUUCCUCUGCAAAGAUGAUAGAAGAACCAAUAAAUCACACAAUCUUCAUGUGCAGUCUAUGUAUUAAGUAGUGAUGUCAUUGAUUCUCUUACUCUUUUUACUCCAUUAAUACCAAUAAUUACAAAUUUUGCUAAGGACCAAAACAGCCAAGAAAAGAAUUACUGCUGAAGCAUCUAAAGUUCUCUUAAACUAUAAAAUCAAUAGGAAAUGGCCACUGGGAGAGAAGGAUAUGGCAUUGGCAUGGGACUUUCUCCCUUUAGCUGCCUCUUCUUACUUGCUAAUAGUAAGUUCUUUGUGUACCUCCCACCCCUUCUGAGCCACUAUUCAAGCAGAGAUUUGGCUCAACCUAGCAACCCUUUCCUAGGAGGUUUAUGGUCUUUUGCUUUGUCCCAUGCUCACAAUGUGAAGUGUCUAGUGUGUAUUCAAGUCAGAAAAUAAUACAUUUAAGGUAUAUGAGUCUUCUAUAAUGAUGAAAGAAGAGGUUUUUGUUUCUUAGAUAGAAAACUGCCUUCUCUAAGGAACAAAGCCAAAACUUGGGCUGUCAUCUUUGAGCUGCUUAUCAAAAUACAGACCAUUAUUAAAGACAAACAAUUUCUUUAUUUUGUUUUCCCUCAUCUAACAUGAUAGAUAGUGCCCCAAGCAGGUUCUAGCAUUGCCUUUGAAAAGGCACUCACUCAGUUGUUAAAACUGGAAAAUUCCCAUCCUCAGAUUCCUAAAAGAAUGGAGAGUGUGCUGUACACUUAGCAGACUUGCCUCUUGUAUGCAAGGACUACUGAUUGAAGUCUAUUUUGCUGUGUGUCUGGUUAUGUUGUCUGCACUUUUAUGAAAUCACUACAGUAGACUACAUUGGAAAUGACUAUUAAUUUGUAAAGAAGUAAGUUUUAUUAAUAACUGUCUAGAAAAAGAAAGUGAAGCUGAGAACUCUUCCUUUAUUGUAUAUUUAUAUUUUCUACUGAACUCUGGGAGCCCUCUUGAAAGUCACAUUGACUAAUUUUUCCCUCGUUUAUAUUCAGACUUCCAAAAUUUCACUAAAACAAGGGAAGAGAGAACCCACUUGGCCUAAUGGUAGCCUUCAGAGCAUAAGAAAUACAUAAAUUAGUAUGCACCUUAUCUGCCUGUUGUGGGUUUUUUAAACUUGCACUUCCCACCUACCCCAAAAAAUAGAUGUUCUUUAAAGAAAAUAAAUGAAGAGAUUACAUCUGGGGAGCCAUUUACUAUGUCACCAUCACUGUUAACUGUUUCCCAGCAAUCCUAACUGAAGUUUCAGAGAUUUUGUGUGUGUGUGAAUGCAUCUGUGUUGGGUUUGUUUGUUUAUAAAUAUCAAGAGAUUCUCCUUUAAGUAGAAAAAAAGGUUAAUACUCUCUGAAACCAGAUACCCAUUGGAUAUACUAAUCUGAACAUCUGUAGGUAGUUUGCCAUGAAAAAGUGGAGAGAAGACGAGACUUCUGAAUGAAUGAAAAGGGUAUUUUGAUGCCCAAGAAUUCCCCCCAAAGUACGGGUAAUUCAACCUGCACAGUUUCCUUUUCACUCAUAGUUUGUAGUAAUUGUGAGUAAAAAAUCAUGUAAUUAUCUGUAAAUAUGUAGCUAACAAAUUGACCUAGUUUCUGUAUUUUUUUGUUUUUGUACUAAAGUUUAUAAGUCUGUGCCAGCUAGAGAGAAGUUGCUGUGAUUGCCGAUUGUGGUCCUAGCAUCUAACCCUGAAACCAUCCUAGGUGGCAUUUUUAGAAUUAAUGCUUAAAUGUUGUUAAACAGGGGGAAAUGAAGCUUAAUCAUUGGUCAGGUUUAAAUCUUUUGAAGUGAAGUCAUUUUAUUUAAUAUAAUGAUUACAUGUCCUCAAUCAUGAAUGAGGUAGGUAGGGAGCCUCCCUCCCCCAGUGGCCAUGUUUACAGAAGUGUGUAUUUGUUUAUAAAGUGAAGAGUUUUAAUGUUUAUGUAAAUUAUGCAGGUAACAUUAUGGCUUGGAACUGUUUAUUGGGCUCUUUAGCUGAAUUUUCAAAUGAAAUGAACUAUUCUUAUUGCUGGCACAUUGAUCCCAUUGCUGGAGCAUUUUUCCUCUUUCCAGAAUUACAUUUGUUCCUUUGUCAUUAUCCCCAUUUAACUUUUCUCUGAUAUGCCUUGUAAUCCUAGCCCUAAGGUAUUUAAGACUAGAGAACAUAGACAAGGAAAAUGCAUUUUUUAAAAUCUAUGAACCCUCAUUUGUAUGCUUUCAGUACUCAUAUGUUUCUAUGGCAACUCCAAGGUCAGUGGAGUUUAGAAAUGAGAUACGUGUGUACUCUUUGCUUUUGCAUGGCUUGGCUUAGCAUCAGAGGUAUAUUAGGGCCACUUGAAAGCAUGAAGACCAGUUGUAUGAGAACAGGUUUCUCUUAGUGGCAUAUUUUGCUUUUUCUGAGCCCUCAAAUACAUUGCCUCCGCAUGAACAUUAUUGUUACUAUAAAUUGUACAUGGUCAUGGAGUGAAUUGUGUGAUUUAAAAAGAUGUAACUGCUUAAUGUUUGCAGAUUCUGGCUGAUCCAUGUGACUAUUUGAUAUAUACCAAACAAAUGAAGAGAGGGGUAUUGGAACCCUUCUAACCCCCUUUUUUGUCAUAGGCAGGUAUAUUCAGUUUAAUAUGUUGGCUGCCCCUGGUGUGUUGCCAGACAGCUCUUUUUUGGUGCCCAUUCCACAUGUGCUCCCUUGCAUUUCAUAGUAUCACAGAAACUACCACCCCUUCUCCCAAGUAGCAUUUUAUGUGUUACACAUUUUAUUCCACAUUAAAUGGGAAUUGUGCCUACUUAAAGUGCCCCUGUAAUUAAUUACAUACACAUGCCCUAAAAUCCAAGCCAGAGUCACAAGGUGGAAAUUUAAAAAAAAAAAAAAAAAAAAAAAAAGUCCACUUGAGGCCAGUAAUUUAUUUGACAAAGUAUUUUACCACAUUAUCGUGACACUUGAUAUAUGAGCCUAUUAGGAGUGGCAGGUGAUUUCAUAGAGCAAAAUCCAAGUGGAGAGGGAUAUGUAAGGUUUCUAUUAAGAGAUAAUUUUGUUCUUAUUUUACCUUCCCUUUUAUGAUCCUUCUCUUCGAGGUUAGAAAAAGUUAAUUCUCCAAAUUUAUUUUGUUUUUUAUCUUUUAGGGAAAUUUUUACAAAAUCGAUGGUCUGAUGUAAAUAACGUUUUACAGUGCACAUAACUCCCCCAGACUAUUCCAACCUGAUAAUUUGUAAAUGCUUUAGAGUUUUUUAAAUUAACACUUGUGUUGCUAAAUCCUAUUUAUGUAAGUCUGCUAAAAUUUUUAACCCAUUUAAAACUUACGACAUUUAAAUAAUGGAUGGGUUACUCUGAGCAAUUUAGCUUUCAGAACCCCCUUGUUUUAGUAUAUGAAAAAGAUCGCCUAAUGCGUAUUAAUGAGGUUGGAGAGACUAUGAGAAAUAUGUAUAGUGUAUAUUUUAAAACAGCUUUGCUUGUAUUGUGAAGAUUUAAAAACAAACUUGAGAUUUUUAACGUAACUAUUAACACAGUUUUAACAUAAGUUAUCCCACUGGGUUUAAGAGCAUCUUGAAUGUAUAAUCCUUUUUGUAACCCAGGUUGGUCUCUGCUUUUACCAGUCAUCCAAACAUAUUAUUUAUGUUUUUAAUUUUAUAUACUCAUUUCCCUUUGUUUUCCUCAACCAGCAUGAUUUUUUUGCACAUGUAUUGUAGAAAUUUUUAAGAAGAAAAAUUAAUACAUCAUUUUCUCUGGGUUUUCUUCACUUCUCUCUUCCUUUCUACUAACCCCUUACCUUAAAGGCCAUAUCGCUCCAUUUGCAUUGUUUGUGCAAAUGCCAGGGUUGGUUUUUAUUUUUAUUUUUGCUAUUUACCUAAAAAAAAAAAAAAAGAA